AUGGCUCGGCCGCGGCGGCAUUCAAGCAAUCUUGGUGCUGAUCCCAGGGGAGAUACAAGUGCACCCGCUAUCUCGACUCUAACUCCAUCUACCUCGCCUCCAUUCCCGUCUCCGUCCUCUGAGAAGUUCUACAAACCACACUCCAAAAGGCGGAAAGCACGCUCAGCAUUGAGAAGGUGGAAGCAGAUUUCUUUGCGACACACAUGGCUCAAUCCAUUGAUCAUCGUGUUGGUUAUCCUUUGCGGUUAUGCCGUAAAUCCCUCAAAAACAAACCCUCUCCAUAAAGCCAUCCUCCUCUCCUACCCCAUGGGCCCGGAAACAGAGGGUGGUCCUACCAUGUACGGUAAAGGCCGGAACGAUCUUGCAUUUGUCGCUUUCUAUACGAUCGUCUUGAGUUUUACGCGCGAGUUCCUGAUGCAAAGGGUGAUCCGGCCCUUGGCCAUACGAUGUGGUAUUCGAGGCAGAGCCAAGCAAUCCCGUUUCAUGGAGCAGGUAUAUACAGCGAUAUAUUUUGCCGUUUUCGGACCGCUGGGGAUGUAUAUCAUGUCGCAGGGGUCACUGUGGUACUUUAACACAACGGCAAUGUUUGAAGGGUAUCCCCAUAAACAGCAUGAUGGUAUCUUCAAGGCAUAUUAUCUACUGCAGGCAAGCUACUGGGCCCAACAAGCCAUUGUCUUGCUGCUGCAGCUGGAGAAGCCGAGAAAAGAUUUCAAGGAGCUUGUCCUGCAUCAUAUGGUGACGCUUGCGCUGAUUGCGCUGAGCUACCGGUUUCACUUUGCAAAGAUGGGGAUAGCUGUCUACAUCACCCAUGACAUCAGUGAUUUCUUCAUUGCUACAUCCAAAACACUCAAUUAUCUGGACUCUCCUAUCGUCGGACCCUAUUUCUGCUUCUUUGUCCUGAUCUGGAUUUACCUCCGCCACUACAUCAACCUUACCAUCCUCUACGCCACCCUCACUGAGUUCCGCACCGUUGGCCCCUUCGACCUCAACUGGGAGACCCAGCAGUACAAAUGUUCGCUCUCCCAAUGGAUCACCUUCACCCUCUUGGCUAGCUUGCAGGCCGUGAAUCUGUUCUGGUUAUUCUUGAUUUUACGGAUUGCGAAAAACUAUGUGUUUAACGCUGUGAAGGAGGACGAAAGGAGUGAUAAUGAGGAAGAAGAUGAGGAUUUGAAAGUAGGAGACGCGGUUGGGAGCGUCACUGCUGCCGCUAAGGAUGGUGUGGAGGCGGCGAAAGAGGGGGUGAGGAGGAGGGUUGAAGGGAGCCCGGAAUCACAGAUGCAGACUGAUGGCCCAGCUGCGCCUUUGAACGGGAAGCCUGUGGGUGGGGAGACGUAUGCGAAAGAAGCUGUGGAGAGGAGGAAGAAGCGGUGA